UUUAUGUUUCAUUCCGAUUCGUUCAGUCUGAAAGAAACCGACGAAGCUUUCAUCUCUCUCUCUCUCUCUCUCCCUUUCCCUCGCUCGUGCUUGUUCUCAAAUGUCGAUCCCAAGACCUGGAAGGAGGCAACAGUUACAACAGAGACAUGGAUUGUGGCGGAAUCCUAAUCGUAGGGUUUUCACUUCUCGAAGAUCGUUUUGUUUGCUUCUCACUUGCCUUGCCGUAAUUGCCAUUCUUCCCCCCAUCUUCUUCCACUUCAAACUCAAGCGCUUUCAUCAGACACAACUAAGACAGUGCAGUUGGUUGAAUGGUCCUCCUCUAGUAUGCGCUCAUGGUGGUGAUUCGACCAAUGCCUUUCCAAAUACAAUGGCCGCAUACCAUGCUGCUCUUCAUUCUCAAGUAGAUUGCAUUGAGAUAGAUGUUUCUCGUUCUUCAGAUGGAGUUUUAUUUGCACUUCAUGACAGGGAUUUGCAGCGGAUAUCUGGGAAUACUACCACCAAGGUUGGUUACAUGAGUGUAAAAGAGAUUGAAGAUUUGGAUGCUAAUCGGUUCCCAUUGGAGUUUCACAAUCAAAGCAUUUCAACUGUUGAAGAUGCUUUAAAAUUGAUAUCGAGUUCUGUUAGACGGGUAAUUUUGGAUGCAAAAGUUGGGCCACCUUUGUAUGGGAAGGAUCUUGCCAAGGAUAUUCUUUCUGUUGUUCAGAGAGCACAGUGUAAAAAUUGCAUUAUUUGGGCUAAAAGUGACAAUUUGGUGAGGGAUGUCAUGAAGCUAUCACCAGAUGUUACAGUAGGCUACAUUGUCAUGAGAGAACAUUCCAGGGCUCGGGGCAGCUUACUGAGGAUGAGAGGUGCUAGUGUUGUCGGUGUCUACCACGAGUUAAUUGAUGAUAAGCUUUUGAGAAUACUUAAAGGGAGAAAGAAGAAGGUAUAUGCCUGGACGGUGGACGAUGAAGUCUCGAUGAAGAAAAUGCUGUAUGAUCAUGUGGACGCUGUUGUAACAAGCAACCCCACUUUAUUUCGGCGGCUAAUGCAAGACAUCAGAACACAAUGUCUCCAGGAAGGCUUCUCUUUUAAGCCAUGAACUUGCACUUUUUUCCAAGGUUUUCUUUUGGCUUCCUCUUUGGCAUUUUGUUUCAAAGGCUCCCUGCAAAAGAAAUUUUUGUUGGGUUGGGGCUUACUGUCAAUUCCUUCGAAGGUUUCAGUUUGAUCAUGUGGUGGAGAUUUUAAAACUGAUUGUCCGAGGAAUUGACACAGUAAUCAGUUCUUUGAAGCUUAUUGUCAGAAAAUGUGGACUUGAACUAUGAAAUCAGUACGAAAACUGAUCUAUUACUUGAGAAGAUGGAUGAAUUGUAUUCAUCUAAUAAAAAAUAAGAACAAUCAAAUGAAAAAGGGAUGGAUGGAUUCAUAUGGAAAUUUCUCUUUCUAUUUAA